UUUUGUCGCUUUGACGACCUGUAAGGAAAUAGAUAGAUAGUUAGUGGUGAAGGGGGGCAAGAUUAUUGAUGUCAGCAUGGAUAUCGAUCACCCACACUUGAUCAGUGAUUGCCUUAUUCAUAUUUUUACAUUCCUGAAUGAGGGAGAUUUAAUCAGCUCCUCUGGUGUGUGUAAGGACUGGAAUGAAGCUGCAGGGACUCCUUGGCUAUGGAGGAGGAAGUGUCUGCAGCGCUGGAGUUUUUGUAACCUCGCUGUCCUGGGGGGUGAAAGCGUGAAUCACUCAUGGAAGAGAUACUUCCUGAGACGUUGCCACUUAGAGAUGAAGAUGAAGGAAGGCAGGUCAGGAGGUUACACCUGCAAAAGCCUCAGAGGACACACAGGCAGGGUGGUAGGGUUGGUGUACCUGCAGGGGAAUUCAGCUCAGCGUCCUGACAUCUGGAGCAGCAGUGCCACAGUGUGCAGCGCCUCCACUGAUGGGACAGUACGAGCCUGGGACAUCCUAAAUGGUGAACUCCUGUGGUGCAGUCCUGUGCAGGGUCCUUUGACCGGGAUUGUAAGUGAUGAACAGCAUCAAGUCGUGAUCACGGCAGACUCCACAGGUCUCAUCAAGACCUGGCAGAGUCAGACUGGCCAGGAGCUGGCCUCCUUUUCUUCUGCAUCUCCACACUGUGCAUUACUACAGUACAAUAUCAACAACAACUGGUUUCUGACUGUUGGAACCAGUCAGGGAUCUGUGUGCACACUAGCUGAUUCAGCUCUGACUAAAACGUCCAGCAUAAUGGUGUGUGACUCCUUUAAAGUCAACACACUCCUAUUUUCACCGGACAAGAAAUGGAUCACUGCUGGAACCAAGGACAGUGAUGAUUUAAGUCCGAAGGUGAUUUACACGGAGAGUUUGACCUCACCGUCUGAGGACGAAGAUCCUCUGUGCCAGUCGGUGCCAGUCACUGGGUGCCAGGCUGCUGUCUUCAUACCCACCCAGCCUGCCAGACUGGCCAUCAUCCACCGCAGCGAGCGUCCAAACAACAAAGCCCUCACUGUCUUCGAUGUCAGCAUUAAAAAGACUAAGUACAAGUCAGAUAUCCAGGUCCAGCAGGUGGAGUCCUUCCCCUUGACAUUGAACACCAGGUCCUCCUCAAACAUCCUUCUAGAGGCCAAAGACAGCAACUGCUUAGUGUUGGCAGCCGGUCAGGAGCUAUGGGUCUACUCUCUGAAAGGAGUCCUGCUGGCUAGCUUUAAAGAUCAUACUAUGCCUAUCUCUUCUAUAUCUGUGGAUAGCUUUCGUGUAGUGACAGCAUCUCAGGACCUCUCUUUACGAGUGUUGACAUGGAGGAAUGACAGAGACCGUGGGUUGACCCUGGAGAGCCAAUACCACUUACUGGGAGGCUCUCACACAAUGUCCAGAGGGUUCACUCAUGUCACCUGUGACUACUCCAGCAUCGUGGCCUCAGCAGAAGGGAAGGAUGGGAAAGACGUCUUAAAAGCGUAUUCUUUCACCUCCUGAGUGGCGCUGCUCCACAAAAAGGUGCCUACAAGCAAUUUGCACAACCAACUGGAAGGAGGAACAUUUGCUUUUAUUAUGAACUGUACAUCAUACUAUAUGCAGACAUGAGGAUGUUCUUUGACAAGUAUAUGUUUUACAGAAAACUGAAUGUAACACUAACACUGUUGAACAUGACCAGACUUAAGGCAUAAUGUUUGCAAAAUAUAUUUUGGUUCACCUGUUCUUCAAUAUGAUUUCUCCACUCUACUGAGGUAAGAAAAUAAAUGUAAAUAAAUAUAAAUACUAAGGCGUGUUAGUUAUGUAUUAAUGACAUUAAUCUACAUACCAUAAAUGUUUAUAUUUAGCCCAAAUUGAAAAACAUUAUUACAUAUUAAAUAACUUUGUCACAA